GUACAGCUGCCAAGAGGAUCGGUGGCAUGUUACACCAACAAGCUGACAAGCAUAACUGUCGGGUGGAGGGACACGUGCCUUUUCCAGAUGUCCGAUGACAUCUUGCCCUUCCACUCUCGUAGUGUGUGUGUCUGACCGCUGCUUGGAGGGUGUUGGUCCCCGAGUUUGUGAUUCCCCAAACAGGCUUAGGCAGUCAGAUGACGAUCAGCGCGGACGGAUCAUGAAUGGGUCCCCGAGUCCAUCUGUUUCUCCUUUUGCUAUUCUCCCCACCUCCAUUCCUUUGGCCGCCUGGUCUGUGUCUGUCACUACAGUUAGACUGUUAGACUAUCUAUUCACCUGCAUCUCCUCCCCCUCCCCCCUCCUUUUCCUUUCAGCCUCUUAUUUUAGUCUUUCUUUCCUUUCAUCUGUAUUAUAUCUUUGCUUUGUGUAUAGCUUCAUCCUCUCCGACCCUCUGUUUUGGCGUGUUCCGCUAGACAUAACAUAACAAUCGACCUCUCGGCUGCACUCACUUCCUUAUCUCCGUGUCUCACCGCCGUCGACCGCUUCUUCUUGUUUGCAUCCAAACACAGUCGAACUUUCGUCCGCGUCUCC